CAGGCUCCCGGCUGAGCCACCCCGCCAAGGGAGAGCCACGCCCACCAUAGGGGACGACUCGAGGGGGUCCACGGCAUUGUCUGCUUUUGCAUAGCCACGCCCACCAGCGGCAGUGCCCCGCCCUCUGUUUGUAUAGCCGUGCUGCCCACCCUGGAAGCGCUGCCUGUUUGUUUACUUUACCAAAUGCUAAACCUUUUUCCGAGUCAGCCUUGGAAAGGCAGGCGGCCGAGCGGUAGGAAUGGUGAAAAGGAGAGUGUCCGAACAUGUGCAGAGUGCAUUUCACAUAUUGGGUGGACCUGCAAAGAUGAUUGUAAAUAUGAAUGUAUGUGGCGAACUGUGGACUUUUAUGUGCAGGAAGGAUACAAAGUGCCUCAGUUUCAUGGAAAGUGGCCCUUUUCCCGUUUCCUGUUUUUUCAGGAGCCUGCUUCUGCCUUUGCUUCAUUCCUUAAUGGACUUGCCAAUUUAGUGAUGCUGAACAGAUACAAAGCCACCGUUCCCCGCUCUUCUCCCAUGUAUCACACCUGCAUCGCCUUUGCUUGGGUUUCUUUAAAUGCAUGGUUCUGGUCUACCAUUUUCCAUACCCGAGAAACAAAUCUAACUGAGAAAAUGGACUAUUUCUGUGCCUCAGCAGUCAUCCUUCACUCUGUGUACUUGUGUUGCGUUAGGACCCUGGGCCUGAAACGUCCAGCUUUUGCCACUGCUUUUGGGGGGUUCCUGUUCCUCUUCCUGGCCUGCCAUGUCUCAUAUCUGACACUUGUGCGUUUUGACUACGGCUACAAUAUGACUGCCAAUGUGGCAAUCGGCCUCCUCAACCUGUUUUGGUGGCUGGGUUGGUGCAUGAGGAACCAGCAGCGCCUGCCCUAUGUCUGGAAGUGUGUGGUGGUUGUGCUGCUUCUCCAGGGGUUGGCCCUCCUGGAGCUCCUGGACUUCCCGCCCUUGUUUUGGAUCUUCGAUGCCCACGCCAUCUGGCACAUCAGCACCAUUCCUGUCAACAUCCUUUUCUACAGUUUCCUCGUUGACGACAGCCUCUAUCUUUUGAAGGCCAAUUCUGACGUUCUUAAAAUAGACUAAAGCUCGUGGUGGGACAUAGUUUGAGAAAUGGCAUUGACCUCUACGGAAGACAUCCAUCGAUAAUUUCCAGCAUCCAGGCGGUGUAGCGCUUUAAGCAGGGAGUCAGUGACAAUUUACACUUCGUGUUUCUGUCCUUCGUUCUUCUGACGCAUCCAUAUCUGGAUCCUGUUGCCAUGGUGUAAUAAACUGACUUCCUUUCCACCUGGAUGUAUCAGGAUAUACUUUUUCAUUUCCCCUGGAACUUGCUCAGGGUUUCUCAGUUUGCCUUCCCAGCUCUUUUCAUGCUUCUCUGAAGAAAACAGGAACUGUUUUGCUUGUUCUCUUCCAUUCCUUUGCUUUUUUCCUAUUCUCUUUUCAAGAAGUUCAGUGGGUUAGAUCUGCUGCUCCAUCUGGCUUUGCUGAAGGGAUUUCAAAAACAGCACCGAAGAUGACAGAGCGAGCUUCAACAGGAUGGAAUAUUUAGCAACCUUGUUUGUUUGUGCUGUGACAUACCACUGCCUGUCGGAAGCGUCAGCUGCUUCAAUCUCAUCUUGCUGCUUUAUUGAAUGAUUAUUUUGGUCUCCUUUGCCAAACCACGAGGAACUUAGUAGUACUGUAUAAACUAUUUCCUCACCUGUAAUGAGACCAAGAGAAGUCAAAUCCUCCUCUGCAGUGUCGUCUAAAUCCAAGCAAAAAUACGGUGCUGGUCUCAACCCUCCUGCAAGAUAUGAUCUCUGACCUUGAAGCUGGCCAUACAAUGUGACCCCACACUGAUUAUAAUGAUUUUUUUUUUGCAUUGACAUUCUGUACAUGCUCAGAUACACUCAGUUCAUGAUUUAUUAGCACAAUCGCAUGUGCUUCAGAACUAAGCAUUGGUGCUGAAAACCAGGUUUGAGGCUGCAGGCUGAGGCUCAAAUUACUUCCCAGCUGGAUUGGAAAAUGAUUUUACUUAGCAGCAGCAACAGCAGUUAGAAUAAAUCUGCAGAAGUUAAACCAGAAAGACUGUCCUUAUCAGACUAUCGAAACUAAUUGAGAAUUUUCAAGAUGAAAUGCAAGCUGGAUCCAGAGAGGAAAUCAGCAGCAUUUCUCCUUCCACACAUCUGCACUCUGCGUUUGAAAGAGUGAUAUUGACAGUGUAGAUUGAAGUGAUAUUGUGUGAGUUUGAUAAGACUUGCUGUAUCCAACCAAAGUCUCCUGCAGGACAGCAUUCUGCAUCAGCUGCCUCUGGGAAGAUCACAGGCCAGGGUUCAGCCUGGCAGGAGGGUACAUCUCUUGCGGUUUGUCCCCAGAAGCUUUGAUAUCAUCUGCUUCUCAGGUUCUAUUUUGGUUCCUGCAGCAAAGAGCCACCGCUGGAUCAGUCAAGCCCUGCGGAUUCAGAAGCAGGCUGCUUGUGAAGCCCAGAUACCUCCUCUUUGCUUCUGGUGUUCACAGAAUCAUUAAGGAAUUAAGGAAGUUUCCUUUCUGACCUGAAGCUGAAGGUGAUAAGUUACCUGGACAUUGGCAAUGAUUGUGGAUUUCUUGCGCCUUCCUAGAGACAGGUGGCUGAAGGACUGCUUCGAUGUCUCUGCAGCAGUGAAAUGACAUCAGUCUGGGCACUGUGCUUUGCGAGUAUAGGGCACGAAAUCAGCACAAGCAUGUAUGCAGUUUCUUUCUCUGGGAAAAACUGCAAGAGAAACAGAGGAAGCAGGAGGAGGCUGCCAAAAGUGCCUUUUAUGUGAAGCGUGCCAAAGGGUUCUGAAGUUACUCAAGGCAAGAAAAGAACCAAAGUUAAAAGAAUAAGGCACCAUGGAUUGCUGAUGAAGGUUCUGUAGCACCAAUCAGCCACCAGGUGGCAGUAGAUAUCAAUUCUCUGAUUAUCUAGAAGCUGCGUUAAUCUGACCUCAUCCAAACAAUAGACUUUGAUUUUAUUAUUUUAAUGCAGUGAUAUUCAAAUGGGGAAAUGUGGCAGCUGGAUCAAUGUGGAAAGGUUUAACUGGAGGUAGGAAACUAAAAAUGAAACCAUUUUAGUAGGCCACAUUUAAUAUAUGUACUUUUCACUUUAGAUUUUGGAAGAAAAAUGGAUUAAGAGGGCCAAGAGGCCAGUUUAUGACAUUCUGCCUGCCCUCUGCCCCCAUAGCAACCCAGUGCCUUUAAAGGCUGCAUGCCAGGCCAAAAUUCAGCACGCAAAAUUUUCUUCACCAUUGCACCAUCUGCUUGUCAAGGGAUCUGAUCACUUGUGCUGCAUAUUGUUAAAGGCAGAGAAGGAUGUAUGCCACGAGAUACGAAGGCAAAUUCUUUUGUUCAAGUGGAUGGUAGCAUUUUCCCUCCCCAGUAAACAAAGAUAAGCCCUCCAGUGAGGUUUAAAGCACAUGAGAAGGCAGGAGCAAAUGAGGGAGGACCACCACCCACUGGUUGACAGAGCAGAUCAGAAAAGGGAAUUUUAAGUAAGCUUAAGUUAAUGGUAUAAAUGUGCCCAGUAAUUGGUGGUUGGGUAGAAUUUUAGUUUUAGUUGCCAGGCCUAUAAAAAUGUAAUCUGGGCUGGACAGGGAGAUAAUCAGUGAACCCUUUAGAAACAAAGUACAAAGGCCGAGAGGGAUACUAGUCCUCUGUGCUAACAUGCCAUGCACAUUAUGAAUGUGACCUCAGAUUCGAUAUUCUGUUUUAAAAGGUUUUGGCUGUAUAGCAUGCUAUGCAUGUCUGUUCAGAAGUAAGUCCCAUUAAGUUCAGUAGGACUUACUCUCAGGUAUGUUGGUGCAGGACUGCUAUAUAGGCUUGCAGACGUGUGGACAGCACGUGGCAGAGUGUCGGGCCAAAGGGGACAAGGAAUCCUCUUGCGCCUCAGAGAUGUGUUAGUUUUUGAGGUGCUGCAGGUCUCUGCUGUUUUUGCUACUGCAGGCCAACUCAGCUACCCCUCUGGAAGAAAGCUAAGGAAAGCUGAGCCAGUGAUGAAAGAAUGAAGCUUUACUGCCUUGUAUACCUCCUUACUGACUAGCCGGAUCAGAAUAAAGCAAGCAAAAUAAGGCAUUUACAACAUGUGCAUAAUGUAUAGAUUGCAAGAGUCAACAUUUCAUGGUGCAGCCUUUGGAUUUCUUUUAUAAAAAAGAAGGAAGCAGAAUCCAUAAAAGGCCUGACUGCAUUCUGCACCCUGAUGUCAGAAUUGCAAAAUAUGCUGGAUGGGUAAGAGCCCCCCAUGCCAGAAACAGACAGGGCCUUCCCUGUUCUUGUUCUGAGCUGUCCGUGCCCUCCGGGCUACCUUCCUGCCAGGCUGGCCUGGCUGAGGAGGAGGAAGAGAGAGGGCUUUGCCCCUGCUGCGGGCACCCAGUGCUGGUCAUGCAAGGCCAGGGAGCUGACUGAACGGGGAAGGGGGCCAAGUCGAGGGGAGUGGGGGGCCAUGCACACUGGGGGCCGACUCAUGUUUGCCUUCUUUGCCACCUUGUUGCCAGGUCAACUUUCUUUCCUUCUUUGGAAGAAUGAAAUGGGCAGGUUUUUAAUAUACAUUUUAUCUCUGUUUUAAAGCAUAAGUUGAUAUUUGUAACAAAAUGCUGUUUGCAAUGCUCCUGUUCAUUGUGCUAGCCAGCCAUGCCUUCUUUAAGGAUUGUCCAUUCCAUUCCCCUUUGUCGACUCCCUUUCUACUCCUCCAUCAGUAGCCAGCCAACAUUUUGUGCUUGCUGAGCAUGCUCAGUCCUCAUUGGGCAGUUUUUGGGGUGCCCCCCUGUAUAUUUUUAUUUCCUAAAGGGUUUUGUACUUCUGCAAAGGUUGGUGUGCAGAUAGUGCCAUUUUGCUUGCUCAAGACUCCCCACUUGAAGAAUGAGUUCAGUUUUAGUUCGUACUCAGCCAUAAAGCUCACUGUGUGACUCUGUGCCAGACACUGACUCUCAGCUUAGCCUACCUCACAGGGUUGUUGUCAGGAUAAAACAGAGAGGGGGAGGAUCAUGUAUGUUGCCCUGAUCUCCUUGCAGGAAAGGUGUGAUAGAAGUGUGGCGAACACAUGUACCAGUAUAUAAUAGAAUACCCAAAGCAAAGAAAAAUCCUGUUUGUACAUUGUAGAUGGGUCACUCGGUCCUUGAAGCAUUUAGUGGCUGGCUGAGGAGGGCUGCCGCAGCCUGCCUGCCUUGGGCUUCCGGGCACCAAGGUUCGCUUCUCCCUCCUUCCUUCAGUGCCUGUUGGAAACAGCAUGCCCAGGCAGAAGCACACAGAAGAGCCGAGUGUGCAAAGAGUGUCAGAUGCAAAGCAUUCCUUUCCUGCCUUUGGAAAAAAAGCUAAACAAAAACCCAAGCCAGCAAAGGGAGGACAAAGGCCUGUGCCAGGUCCUCUAGAGCCCACUGGUAUGCCACACAGGAAGCAGGCCAAAUCACGAGAGCUCGUUCGGCAUCGCUCGGUAACACAACUUGUCCUGCAGGAUCAGACUUCAGGAAUACUCCAAGUGCACUGUGGGAAACCGUGCAGGGAGAUGCGUAACGGGCUGGGUGCAGCAAGAUGGCCGGGCCCAACUCAAGCCAUUUUUAGUGCCUGAGAGAAAAUCCAGAAAGUGCCCUCCCCGAGAUAAAAUGCGUAAUUUCUGAUGGCACCUGUCAUCUGUGGAGGGGCCAGUCCCAAGACCGUAUAUUUCCCCUUCCCUCUUUGACUGCAAUUGGGAUGACAUUUUCCCCUAAAUCCCUUCCAGGAUCAUUCUGCAUACCAUACUGUGGGAAAAAAGCCUCAUGUUAAGUCUUUGAUUAUGGCAUUGCACAGGAAGCUUAUGUCUAAGUUUUGCUCAGACUGCAUCUGUUCCAGACCUGACCAAACAGCAGCCCACCAGGCCAAGUGCGACAUACCAGCCGCAUACCCUGGCCUGGCAAGUGCUGAACAGAGCCCUCAUUUUUGCUGUUGCAGCCAGGCAGCAAAAGUAGGAUCAGUGGAUGCCCGGCGACCCCCCGUCUAGCUGCUCAAGGGGUGACAUUGUGCAAGCUGGAACUGUUUGGAGCAGGUGGGGGGACAUUGCUGUAUUGUAUUUGUGCCAGUCCUUGGAUUUCAAAAUUGUUUCUUUGAAACUGGUUCAAGCCUCAGCUGAUGUGUGUGCAAUUUCAAUAAAAAGAAUGAUAAUUAAAUUUUA